AGAGUUCGUCUCUACUUUAGUAUUAUUCAGAAUUAACAAAAAACAAGCCAGCAUUCCAACGUGAUCAAACCGUGUGAAAUGACACCUUGUCUUGUUUUGAAAUACACCCGCCUGGAAGUUGUCAAACAAACAUGGCGAAAUAAUAGCAAAUGGUCUUACCUACAUUGGAGCAUAAACUAUUCCUUUCAAACUGCUAUAUUGUUCACCAGGAGCCGGUUUUCUUCCGUCAUUUAGUUGCAAAAAAAAAACAGAAAGCUAAUGCCAGAAGAUGCCGGAAAUAAAAGUCACACCACUGGGAGCUGGACAGGAUGUUGGACGCAGCUGCAUCAUCGUCUCCAUUGGAGGCAAAAACAUCAUGCUGGACUGUGGCAUGCAUAUGGGAUACAAUGAUGAUAGACGUUUCCCAGAUUUCUCCUACAUCAUCCAGAACGGACGCCUGACUGACUUUUUGGACUGCGUGAUCAUCAGCCACUUCCACCUGGACCACUGCGGCGCUCUACCUUACAUGAGCGAGAUGGUGGGCUACGACGGCCCCAUCUACAUGACCCACCCCACCAAGGCCAUCUGUCCCAUCCUGCUGGAGGACUUCCGCAAGAUCACCGUGGACAAGAAGGGCGAGACCAACUUCUUCACCUCGCAGAUGAUCAAGGACUGCAUGAAGAAAGUCGUGCCCCUCAACCUGCACCAGACCGUCCAGGUGGACGACGAGCUGGAGAUCAAGGCGUACUACGCCGGCCACGUCCUGGGCGCCGCCAUGGUGCUCAUCAAAGUGGGCUCGGAGUCGGUGGUCUACACCGGGGACUACAACAUGACACCUGACAGACAUUUAGGGGCGGCCUGGAUCGACAAGUGCCGGCCAGACAUCCUCAUCUCCGAGUCCACGUAUGCCACCACCAUCCGGGACUCCAAGAGGUGCAGAGAGCGGGACUUCCUGAAGAAAGUGCACGAGAGCAUCGAGAGAGGAGGGAAAGUUCUCAUUCCAGUCUUUGCCCUGGGGCGAGCUCAGGAGCUCUGCAUCCUCUUGGAAACCUUCUGGGAGCGGAUGAACCUGAAGGCGCCCAUCUACUUCUCCACGGGCCUGACGGAGAAGGCCAACCACUACUACAAGCUCUUCAUCACCUGGACCAACCAGAAGAUCCGGAAGACCUUUGUGCAGAGGAACAUGUUUGAAUUCAAGCACAUCAAGGCCUUCGACCGCUCCUACGCCGACAACCCGGGACCUAUGGUGGUGUUCGCCACGCCGGGGAUGCUGCACGCCGGACAGUCCCUGCAGAUCUUCAAGAAAUGGGCGGGCAAUGAGAAGAACAUGGUCAUCAUGCCGGGUUACUGCGUGCAAGGAACCAUCGGACACAAAAUCCUGAACGGACAGAGGAAGCUGGAGAUGGAAGGCAGGGCCACGCUGGAGGUCAAGCUGCAGGUGGAGUACAUGUCUUUCAGCGCCCACGCCGACGCCAAGGGCAUCAUGCAGCUCAUCCGCAUGGCGGAGCCUCGCAACGUGCUGCUGGUCCACGGCGAGGCGGCCAAGAUGCAGUUCCUCAAGGGGAAGAUCGAGCAGGAGUUCAGUGUCGACUGCCACAUGCCGGCCAACGGCGAGACCGCCACGGUGACCACCAACCCCAGAGUUCCGGUGGAUAUGUCGCUCAACCUUCUCAAGAGGGAAGUGGCCCUGGGAGGUUCUUUACCCGAUCCCAAAAAGCCCCGCGUCAUGCACGGAACCCUCAUCAUGAAAGACAACGGCCUCAAGCUGGUGUCGUCGGAACAAGCGCUGAAGGAGCUGGGACUCAACGAGCAUCAGCUGCGCUUCACGUGCCGUGUGCAGCUCCACGACCCCCACAGCGACCCCGACACGCUCCGGCGAAUCUACAUGCACCUCAAGAGCGUCUUAAAGGGCUACGCCGUCCAGCACCUCCCCGAUGGCACCGUCAUGGUGGACUCCAUCGUCAUCAAAGUGUCGUCGUCCGCCGACGACGUCAACACCAAGAUCAUCCUGCUGUCCUGGAGCUACCAGGAUGAAGACCUCGGCAGCUUCCUGUCCACUCUGCUGAAAAAAGGCCUUCCGUCCGGACUCUGAAUUCGCAAAACGACGGAAAACGGGACAAAUUGGGUAGGCUCCCAAUAGCCACGUGUUGCUAGGCAGAAUCUGAAUGACGCGCAAGGACAGGGAGAGUCGGCAGAAACACAGUAUUAGUUUAUUUGUACACCUUCACACUGCAGAACGUACUGCGAUCACCUGACUAAAGUUGAAAAGUGGGAUAAUUGCUGGUCACGUCCGCACUCAAUAGGGAUUUGUUGUACAAAGUGUGUACUAAUAACAAUAAUAAACACUUUUUUAAUGAAAA